AAUUUCUCAUGUCAAAGUUGGUGCAAAAUAGUGAGCUGAUGUAAAUAAUUGUAAACACGAAAAUAAUAUUGUAAAUUUGCAAUAAGUUUUUCUAUUAACUAAUAGAAAAAUAUGGAUACAGACGAGCCUUUAAUGAAUAACGACGUAUUCAACGUCAAUGACAUUGCUGAUAUAGAAGAUUUUCUCAGUGGCUGUGAUGGAGAUUUUAUGGUAAAACUUGAGGAAGAACUUGCUUUAAUUGACCGAGACAUUCAACUUAUCGACGUUGAUACGAAACAAGGUGUGGACAAACCUUCGAAGGUUUCACCGGUUGUGACGAGUGGAGGGAAUCCAUUAGUAUCACAAUAUUCUCAAAAUAGAAAUUCAGUUCCGGUUCAAGUUGCGGUACCUAAAAGUAGCCCACUGCUAGGCCAAUAUGGACGUGAAGAAUCAUACAAUUUGCAGAUUAAGAAUGAUACAUUACAAAAUGCCACACAAACCCCACCUGCUAAGACACCUCAGCAGACACCUAUUAUGGUUCAACAAGUUGUCCAAAGCCCACUGUAUGUGAACUUGAGUCAUGGAAGCUUGCAACAACUUCCUGAUGGGCGAGGAAUAGUUCAAAUUGAUGGCGUCCAAAAGGUCAACCAAGUUAAGACUACAACCAAUCAGCCUAUUUUACUUCCAAAUAACACAAAGGGUGUGACUCCAGUGAUUAUUAAAAGUGAUUCAAACUUUUCACCAGUUCUUUUGCAGUCAAUUAAUCCUGAAACUGUUAUGUAUACCACUGCUCCUAUUCAAGCAUCAAAUCCAAGUACAAAUACACAAGCGAGCAAUGAUAAUAGGCCUAUCCAUACCAUUUUUGCGAAUACUGGACACACUUUGUUGACUACAGGCAUUGUCUUGGAUGAUAAAUUUACCUUCAGUUCGUCAAACGGCCCACCUAAAGUAAAGGAAGUCAAGAGAAGUGCUCAUAAUGCUAUUGAGAGACGAUAUAGGACAAGUAUUAAUGAUAGAAUUAUAGAAUUAAAGAACAUGUUGGUCGGAGAAGAUGCUAAAUUGAACAAAUCAGCAAUCCUACGAAAAACUAUAGAUUACAUAAAGUAUUUACAAAACCAAAAUAGUAGGUUAAAGCAAGAGAAUGUGGCUUUGAAAUUGGCAUGUCAGAAAUCAGGAGUCAAAGAGGUGUUCGAAGGAGCGUAUACGCCACCCCACAGCGAUGUGUCGUCGCCCUAUCAUUCAUCAUCGCCGCAUUCGGCUAUGGAUAGCGAUAAUCCUUCCUCGCCGGACUUUAGGAUGGAUGACAAGUACUCCAAAGUGGUGAUGGGUAUGGGUGAUCACUCCCGUCUUGCUCUGUGUGCCUUCAUGGUUGGGUUGAUAGCGUUCAAUCCAUUUAGCGCCUUCUUCGGAAGCGUUAUGUCAGACACACGUGCAAACGAUUUCAAUGCGCAUUUGGAUCAACGCAGGAUAUUAUCAGACACGGAUUAUGACGGUUCCCACGGCUGGGGAUAUUGGCUAUUCAAUAUGUUUUUGAUAUAUCUUGUGAAUUUCGUCAUACUCGGCGGAUGUUACGUUAAACUAUUGGUGUAUGGCGAUUCUGUUCCCAAACCGCAGUCGAAAGAAGCCAAUCUUUUCUACGAACAUAAGGCCCAAGCUGAAAAUUAUUUGAAAAAGGGUGAACUGGCAAACGCGCGUACGGAGUUACACAGGUGUCUGGAGGUGUGUAAUAAAAGCGUUCAGUCGUGCGAGCGCGGUCGUGCGAAGUACACGUCUCUGGCAGCUGCGGCAUUGCGACAAAUUAUGCAGGCCAUGCCGUUCGGAGGGUUUUUAGCACGACGGGCGGGAGAUUUGUUCAAUGACAGCCCCGCCCGCAAAGCAGCGAAGCACUGGGCCUUUGAGGUGUCCACUGUAUCGCAUAGAUUGGCCCAGUUGGAGCUAUUAUCUCCGCACAGUGGUCGCAGCGAGCGUUUGUUACUCGCCCUUCAAGCUGUGAAUCACGCUGAGGUGUCGGGAAACAAGCAUUUGUUGGCUGACACGUAUACAACGGCCGCUUUGGUCUUUAAGGAAUAUAUGCCGAAGAUCGGGAAUCGCCUGUGCGGGUAUUAUCUCCGCGCUUGUCAUCUAUGUUGGGACAAUGGGGCGGACUGGCCGCUACGUGUACGCUGGUCGGCGAGUACGCGCGGUCAACAGUUCUUGCGUAAGCGCACGUGGACGUACGAACAGGCGCCGCCCGCUGCAGCGCUCUUCUCGCGUAUACCCUGCCCACAGGAUCCACUUUCAUAUGCCAUGAGGUCAUAUCACCUGGAACUUCUGCAAAAGAGUCUUCAUAUGCUCCUAUGCGCAGACGAAAGGAGCAACACAAGGGACGUGCUGGAACUAGUUAAACUUAUAACUGACGAUGUCUCUACGGAUGCUCCAAAUCAUUCAGGUUGUUGGGACCCCGUAAUGGAGUGGUGGGCGAACAUAGUGGGUGUGGCUGCCACCUGGUUAUUGGCGGACAGCAACAGAUCUGCUAAUAUCGGAGACAGAUUGAAUAUCCUACCGGAGGCAUUGGCGAACUGUGAAGAUCCUCUGCCGGGAGCACUGCAUAUGGCGUACAAAAGCCGACGCGGUCUACUCUCUUUAACUCAGUGCAAGGAUGGACGGACCAUCGAGAAGACAUCACAGACUAUACUUAAGGUAUGCGAUAUUGCUGGAGCGCGUUUGGCCGACUCCCUGGCAUAUUAUUGCUGCAAGAAGCCUACACAACUCAUGAUGUUAAUGCAAGUACUUUGCUGUGAUUGGAUGCUGGAAGUACGCGCCGGAGUGUGGGAGGCUACCGUGGAAGAAGGUGCGGCUUCGCCUGCGCAGCUUAAAGCUUUUCAACGGGAUUUGCAUUCCUUGAGGCGCCUUUCGCAACAUUUACCGUGGGUGACGUCACGGGUCUUCCUCCACUCGGCCGUGUGUCGCAUGAUGGCUGGCGCAGCCCCGCGACGCACUCAGCAGUUGCUGGAUGGAUCGUUACGACCGAGGCUCAAUAGAUCCUCUAUUAUUUGUGGAAAAGAACGGGCCCUAGAAAGUGGGGGCGGUGAGGGUGAACGCGCAGUGGCCUUAUACAUGGCGUGCAAACACCUGCCCAGCGCGGUUCUAGCUGCCCCAGGUGAAAGGGCUGGAAUGCUGCAACGAGCUGCUGCCACUUUACAGCGCAUCGGACAUCGCAGCCGCCUGCCGCAUUGCUAUCGGCUUAUGAAGUCCUUUGGGACAUUGCCUGUUGCGCCAUAGAUCACAAAAUCUAGUUUAAUCUAAAUAUUUUUUUAUUUA